AUGGGCAAAUCGAAUCUCGAGCUGGUCAAUGAAUGCGACAAAUUUCCGUACUAUCAAGACGACCCAGCAUACUAUACAGCCCACCUCCGAAACUACCAUGCCUUCAAAGUCACCGGAUGCGAUGCCGUCCUAGGCUACAUCGUCAACUCGGUAGUCGACAAGUUCUUCUGGCCCCCGGACUGCUGGGCCAUCGACUCGGCGAACCAGACCGUGACGCUCGUGACUCCCCCGAACACGACCCCCCAAGAUCGAACUCGUCUCAUGGCCAAUACGCUCGCCGAGGCCGUCCGACGGGAGACCUUCGAAGUCCUGAAAGGAUGGCGCAACGAGAUGUACCCCAUCUACGGGCCGGGCGGAGAAUUCCUGUUCGAGAUGGAACGCAGCGCCACCCCGCUGUUCGGCGUGGUGUCCUACGGCGUGCAUGCCACCUGCUACGUGGAGGACGAGCAGGGCCUGCGCAUCUGGGUGCCCCGGCGCUCGCGAACGAAGCAGACCUACCCCGGCAUGCUGGACAACUCCGUGGCCGGCGGUAUGAGCACCACGGAGCCACCGUUUGAAUGUCUUGUCCGGGAAGCGAUGGAGGAGGCGUCGCUGCCGGAGGACGUGGUCAAAGCCAAUACCACUCCGGUUGGCUACGUCUCCUACUUCUACGUGCGAGAUGCGCGGGCAGGCGGCGAAACGAACCUCUUGCAGCCGGAGGUCGAGUAUGUGUAUGACAUCAAGCUGAGCGCUGAUGUGACGCCCAAGCCCAACGACACCGAGGUCGAGGCGUUCCACCUGUACACCGUUGAGGAGACCAAGGCGGCGCUUGCCAACGGCGAGUUCAAGCCCAACUGCGCGGUUGUCCUGAUCGAUUUCUUCAUCCGGCAUGGCAUCCUGACGGCGGAGAACGAACCCGAUUAUCUCGACAUACUGGCCAAGAUGCAUCGGCGCUUGGAAUUCCCGGUCGCCUCUCAUGCGAAGGCGUAG